UCGAUUUCAAUAUAUAUUGAGAUAAUGAUCACAUUAAAUACUGGAUUAAUAUUAUUCUGGAACAUAUUGUCCAUCGGAAUCAUAAUUUCCGGUACGAUAACUCUUAAUGGUCUGCAAUCAAAACGGAUUCCCGAAUUUAUACGAUCAUUGGUUCUAUAUGGAAAAUUUAAAUCAUUAAAACAACAACAAUCGAAUGAUAAUGAUUCGAUGAUAAAACGAUGGCCAACAUAUUAUCGUUUACUAUCGAUACUCGAUGCAAUCAUUCGAAUGUUAGAGGUACCAAAAUAUUGGUUCCGUCAUUUUUAUAUAAUUUCAUUCCUAAUAAAUUCUGCGCUAAUCAUUCGAAUGUUUUGUUGUUCGAUACAAUUCGAAACAAUUAUUCUUAUCGGAUUACAAUGGCUACAAAGUUUACGACGUUUAUAUGAAACUUUUUAUGUAUCCAUUUAUUCUGGUAAUACGAUUAAUUUAGUUCAUUAUAUUGUUGGCAUAUUUUUCUAUAUAACAAUUGGAUUAGCUACCUUUAAUGAUUGUCACCUUGUUCAAUCAUCAAAUUCAUCAUCAUCAUCAUCAAUGAUUGCUGUGUUUAUUUUCUUUACCAGUUCGGCUAUUCAAUAUCAAUCACAUCGUAUUCUGGCCAAACUUAGAAGCAGCAAAGCGAAACAAAACAAUGAUUAUUAUAUUCCACGUGGUGGUCUAUUUGAAUAUAUUUCCUGUCCACAUUAUAUGACCGAAAUUCUUAUCUACAUUUGUCUAUGGUUACAAUCAAGUCGUAGUUAUCUUUGGUCAACGAUGGUCAUGUUUGUUAUUGCUAAUCAAACAAUAGCAUCAUUAAUGUCAUAUCGUUGGUAUCGAAAACGAUUCAAUGAUCGUUAUCCCACAACCAUAAAGGCAUUGAUUCCGUUUUUGUUUUGAUAUAUUAUUUUAAUAAUGAAAUAAACAUGUUUGAAAAUAUAAGAA